GGCGGGGCGGAGCCAGGAGCGGGCGGUGCGCCUCGCUGGCCCCAGCGGAAAAGUUUUUCCAGGCGGAGAGUUUUGGCGGCGGCAGCGGCGGCGGCCGGAGCGGGGCCAUGGACGCGCUCAAGUCGGCAGGCCGGGCGCUCAUCCGCAGCCCCAGCAUUGCUAAACAGACUUGGGGAGGCAGCGGGCGGCACCGGAAACUGCCUGAGAACUGGACAGACACUAGGGAGACGCUGCUGGAGGGGAUGCUGUUCAACCUCAAAUACCUGGGCAUGACCCUGGUGGAGCAGCCCAAAGGGGAGGAGCUCUCGGCAGCCGCCGUGAAGCGCAUCGUGGCCACGGCCAAAGCUAGUGGGAAGAAGCUCCGGAAAGUGACCCUCCAAGUCUCCCCAAGGGGCAUCAUCUUACAAGACAGUGGCACCAGUGAGCUCAUUGAGAACGUUUCCAUCUACAGGAUUUCCUACUGCACUGCAGACAAGAUGCAUGACAAGGUUUUCGCAUACAUUGCCCAGAACCAGCAGAGUGAGAGUCUGGAGUGCCACGCUUUUCUCUGCUCCAAGCGGAAAAUGGCACAGGCAGUAACCCUCACAGUGGCCCAGGCCUUCAAAGUCGCCUUUGAGCUUUGGCAGGUGUCUAAGGAAGAGAAGGAGAAACGAGAGAAGGCCAGCUUGGAAGAGGUCGCCUGUGGGGCUCGGCUGGACGCUCCCCCUUCCCUGAAAGGCCCAAUCACUACUGGAAACCUGCUGGACCUGGAGGAAACAGCCAAGGCUCCCCUGUCCACUGUGAGUGCCAAUGCCACCAACCUGGAUGAGGUGGGGAAGCCUGAGCCCCUAGCCAAUAACAACGUGGUCUGGGAACUCGAUGACGGCCUUGAGGAAGCCUUCUCAAGGCUGGCCCAAUCACGGACGAAUCCACAGGUGCUGGACAUUGGGUUGACGGCCCAGGACAUCCAGUACGCCCAAUGCCUCUCCCCUGUGGACUGGGACAAGCCGGACUUGGGUGCCUCGGAGCAGGACGACCUCUUUGGCUUCUGAUCGUCCCUCGGGCCAGUGAGGACAGCAACCACUACGCAAAUGGACCAAAGUCAUGCUCCUGGGGAAGGGGAGGAGCAGGUCCCCUCAUGCUCAGAACGUCGGCAGCCCCCCGUGGCCCCGUCAACCACUAGACCAAAGGCAUUAUUAACACAGCUCUUUUUUUUUAUCCUGCUUUUUUUCUUCUUUACAAACUAUAGGAUGCUUCAAGCCUAUUUAUUCAGUGGAUUCCCACUCAGACACAAGCGUUGUUGAGAGUUUCCUGCCGUGUAACAUGUACAGUGUUAUAACCAGCCUUUUGGCUCCUCUCAGGGGGAGGCUAGCUUUUCUUUUACCUCCUCUUUCUACAAAAGCAGGUCCGCUUGGUCUUAACUUGUUCCUUCCCCAAAGAGCCACCUUGGGGUCUCCUCCCGUUCUCCUAUGGAGAAGAGGGGCCAAGGAGGGAGGGUGGGAGCCCUGCCGGCCUAGGUGAGUGGACUUUCCUUCCACAGAUGCCAGCUGGGAGCUGGAGGCCAGAAUACUUCUCAUGUAACAGCCCAAGUAAGAGCUGACUCCAAGAGCCUUUCUUCAUCCAAAGACUCAACAGCUUUGCACUUUAAGAAACAAACCCAAAGCCAGGUCUGAAGAUUGCAAAAGGAAGGUGCUGAGUCUGUAGACAGCUUUUAGUUCUCAUCCUCAGGAUGGGUUAGGGUUUAGACCCCUUGCAGCGGCUCACCCAGAACUGAGAAAAACAGGGUAGUGUGGUGGGUGGAGCUGGUGCCGGGGAGGCAGCCCUGCCACCUCCUCUUCAUGACCUUGAGCCAGGCCCUUUCAUUCACCUUGCUGGGCCUCAGUUUCCCCAUUCAGCAAAGGGGGAGAGGGCUGGACGUCCAAGUCUAGCAUCUUGUGAUUCUGCCUUAUUAAAAGUUAACUGACCUCUGA